GGGAAGGAGCCGGGGGCGCGCCGGUCGGGGCACUGCUGAGCGAACUGAAAAUGUCUGAAGACAUCUCUGAUGGCACCUCAUCCAAAGAAAAGCCUGAAGUAAUGGAAAUGCCUAGCAAUGAAGUAUUGCCUCAUGAAUCAGUACCACAGCUCGCAGAAGCUGAGAUCUUGCAUGAAUCUUCACAAGAUCAACAUGGACAGGUCACUCAGAAUGUCAGUAAUACAGAGGAAGGAGACAUAUUGGUUAAUGAAAACCCUUUGACUGAAAAACUCGUUGACAGCCUGCCUUGCAGCGAAGAGACAACUGAAGAUGUGCCCACUGAGUGCAUUGAAACUGUAAGCCUUGAUACAGAACCUGAGUUGGAAGAAACACUGCAUGAGCAAAGCAAUCCAGCUGCAGACUCCUCAUCUAAAGCAAGUAGAUGGGGAGCUUGGGGUACCUGGGGAAAGUCUCUCCUGUCAUCAGCUUCUGCCACAGUGGGUCAUGGGAUAACAGCAGUAAAGGAGAAAGCAGGAACUACACUAAGAAUUCAUAGCGGAAGUUCAGCAUCUCUGGAAACAGCCGAGCCUCCUGCAGCUGAAACACCAGUUACUCAAGCAGAAUAUUCUGUGGACCAAAGCUCAUCUGAGAACAUUCCUUCUUCUCCUGCAUCUGGAUCUCGUGGCAUUAUGUCAGCUAUCACUAGCGCUGUGCAAAACACAGGAAAAAGUGUAUUAUCUGGAGGCUUAGAUGCUUUGGAAUUUAUUGGGAAGACAACCAUGAAUGUCCUUGCAGAAAGCGAUCCUGGAUUUAAGAGAACCAAAACACUGAUGGCAAGAACAGUCUCACUGUCUCAGCUGUUGCGAGAAGCCAAAGAAAAAGAGAAACAGAGGCGGGCCCAGCAAGUUACAGUUGAAAGAACAGCACAUUAUGGACUACUUUUUGAUGAAUUCCAAGGUUUGUCUCAUCUUGAAGCUCUGGAAAUCCUGUCAAAUGAAAGUGAAGCUCAGAUUCAGUCACAUUUAGCAACACUUGAUGGAGAACAGUUGGAGACUGUGAAAAAUGAUUUAAUUGCUAUAAAAGAGAUCUUUGUUCCAAAGGAAGUAGAUGAUGAAGUGGUGCAGGAGCCAAAAGCAGGUACGGGAGAAGAGUUUGUCAGCGUGCUCACAGAACUGCUGUUUGAAUUGCAUGUUGCUGCUACUCCUGACAAACUAAAUAAGGCUAGGAAAAAAGCUCAUGAAUGGCUGGAAGAAGCCAGUUUGUCCACCCCAGUAGACGUAGAAGAGGAGCUAAAUGAGAAACCUGAAUCACCUGGUGAAGAAAAGACUCAAAAAGACAAUAAAAUUGAGGGUGAUAAAACAGAAGUAGACAAAAGCAAAACUGUGGAGGAAAUCUACAUGCUGUCCAUUGAAAGUCUGGCUGAGGUAACUGCUCGUUGUAUUGAACAGCUUCAUAAAGUAGCAGAAUUAAUUCUCCAUGGGCAGGAAGUAGAAAAACCAGCUCAAGAUCAAGCAAAAGUACUGACAAAUUUAACAAGUGCCAUGUGCAAUGAAGUUUCAUCUUUAUCAAAGAAGUUUUCUGAUUCUGUAACAGCAGCUGGGAGCAAUAUGAAGGCAGAGGUUCUUAACCCCAUUAUCAAUAGUGUGCUAUUAGAGGGCUGCAACAGUACUACUUAUAUUCAGGAUGCUUUCCAGUUACUGCUUCCAGUUCUGCAAAUUUCCCAUAUCCAGACCAGUUGUUCGAAAGCCCAGGAAUUGUCAGCUUGACAGCAACCACAGACCCAAAGUCUUGAGCUGUGCCAAGAGAAGAGCUGGUACAAGAGAUGUCCGGCCACUAGGGUUCUUUGAAGACACUACAUGCGGUUUUGCACACACAGUACUGAACAACAUUUAAAAACUCUUUCAGACUUUUAGACUUUAGAAGUAGUUAGUAAAGUGAGUAAUUUCCAGUACAGUUCAUGCUUUGCAUUAAUUUAAACAGAAGUUUAUUGAUAUUAGCAUUGACUUUAAUACAGAUUCUAAAUAUUUACCCUUUCAGUUGUAAGCAAUGUAUGAAACAAAUUGAAAUGUAAAGUUUCUUAAAACACUUCACUUCAAAUUACCCUUUAUAUUGUUUGUAUUAUAACUGCAGUUUUAAAAGUAUAUUUCAGAAGCUGGUUUCAGUAUUUAAUUUUCGCCAACAUGAACAAAUUAUUAUAGUGUUGAGCUUGUUAAAUAUUAUUUCCAGUAGCAAAUAAUAACAUCAUGUUAACAUGUACCACUAACAUAACACUUUGUAUUGAAGGAGUUGCACAGCAAUAGGUAUUAACUUUACUAAAUGAAAAUUAUGGAGGUUAUGCAUAAAGAAUUAUACUGAAAAGAAAUUUUCUGAGCCAGUUAAGAUUACAGGUAUAGCUCUGUAUUUGCUUACCCAUAUGUUUAUAUUAAUCUAGGUCGAUUUCUUCAUUUCAAUGGCUGAACAACAUAGGAGACAAAAGUAAUCUUUUUAAUAUGCAAAGGAUAGAAAUUUUCCCUUUUGUUUGGCAAUGGGAACACCUGCUAAACAACCUUCUCUCAGAUGUGUUAGUAGGUUAAAACUUUGGGGUUUACAGAUGCAGUUCAGAAAUAGAAGUUGUAGUAAGAAGUUAUGAAGGAAUUGCUUUGGGUAUGGAGGACAUCUGUCAGACCAAUCACCUUCUUUAUGAGGCAAUAGCUAGGGUGUAAAUAAGUGAUAGGAAUGGCAUUUCAUAGCAACACUAGCAACCAUGCUAAUUUGUUGUAAAAUCUUUAGUUUAAAAUCCUGAGCUUUGGACCCAAGAAUUUGUUUAGGCUGGUUUACAUCUUGGACAGGAAGAAUGUUCCAAUAUUUUACAUAGCCUGUUCUCUUGGAUUUUUGUCAUUUAUUAUGUUUCUUUCCGUUAUUUUGUAUUUUUUUUCUCUUGGUAUACUCAUGAAUUGUAUUUAAGUGCUAAUUUUUAGAGUUAACAUUUUAAUAUGUUUAAGCAUAGUUCAUACGUCAUAAAAUAAUGAAAUAGAGCGUGAGGCAGUUUCUGUGUUUCAUAGAAAAACUAUGUUUUUGAUAGAAAAGCCAAGUCACCAUGCACAUGGUAACUUCUUUGAGUCCAAAUAAGAGGACAGAAAGGUAUUUUUGUAUUUUACAGUACUGUGGUCCCUGUUCUCCUGUCACAUUCACAAUGAUUUUUCCAUUUUUUGUUAAUAGAGAUGAAAUUUUCCCUAUCCCUGAAAUAAGGUUUAUUAGGCAAAAUCUAUUUUCUGGCAACCUGUAAUUUAACAGAUGUGAGAUAUCUUUCUGGGUAAGUAGAAGAUGCAGAGUCUUCAAAUUCGUUUGUACAGGCUGAAUAUAAUAUCAGAAGCCUCAGGGAAUAAUGUUUGAAAUCAUUGAAGGGCAUUCUUAAGACAAAGAUUGCUUGUCUGAGAUACUCCUUACUAGAGGUUUCACUGUCUUGCUUAAAUUAUGCAUUUGUGAAGAAAGUACCUUACUCUGAAGCAAAAGAAGUUGUAAAAAGUAACACGGAGGUUUAAAGUAUUUAUAUCCAUACAACGUAGGAAGGGAAACAAGGCAGGAUAUAAGCAUAGGGAUAUUCCCAUCUGAUCUUAGAUUCAGUCAUCUUGUCCUAGGAAAACUGAAUGUUGUAUCUUUAAAUCAAUUUUAGGAAGUAAUAUUUCAGUAGAAAAGUACUGUACGGACAUAGCCAGAAUAUUUUGUUUACACUGAUUUGUAUUUUUCCACCAGUUAAAUAAAUCAUUUGAGAUACUGAACUGAGACAGUACACUAAAAGGGAGGGUUGGAAGAAUAAUGUGAUGGGAGUAUGGUCUCAGUGAAGUAAUUUACUUUCUGAUUUUUCGAUUUACCUUUGGAAUGAUGAGUGUGAUUUUACUG